AUGCUAACAAUUUCCCCACCUUUGUUUAGCUACCCUUUGGGGGAUCUCAGAAGACAUGAACAGAAUGGUUCCUAUCAUGGAGAAACAGAAACUUCAGAAUCACUUCUGAAUUCUCCAACGUUUCAGCAACAAGUUGGGCAAAAUCAUGAAUCCCACCAAUUUUCUUCGGUUAAUGAUCAAUCCAAGACGGUAAAGAAGCUGAAUCAUAAUGCAAGUGAACGAGAUCGUCGCAAAAGAAUUAAUGGCUUGUACUCCACUCUUCGUUCUCUACUCCCACCGGCAUAUCAAGAGAAGAAAUUAAGCAUUCCAUCGACAGUUUCACGUGUACUAAAAUACAUACCGGAGCUGCAAAAGGAAGUGGAAUCAUUAAUCGAGAAAAAGGAAUGCCUUAAAACGAGGAUUUCAGAACAAGAAAAUUCAAGUCCUUUAAGAAAGCAAAGAAACUUAGGUUCAUCAACUCAGAUUCCUUCAUCAACUGUUUCUGCAAGUAGGUUAAGUGAUAGAGAAGUAAUGGUUCAAAUAUCUACAAUGAAGUUCAGUAAAUGUUCAUACGCUGAUGUUCUAUCAAGCUUGGAGCAGGAUGGCUUUUUUUCACUAAAUUCAUCGUGUUUCGAGUCUUUUGGAGAGAGGGUUUUCCAUAGCUUGCAUCUUGAGAUUCGUGGAACACCAACAGUGGAUUUAGAAGGGUUAAGGAAGAAACUAUUGUCGUUUUACAGUGAGAAACUGGAAGAACAAUCGAUUUUAAGUUUUUAGAUUUUGAAAUCGACUCUUCUGUAAAUCUGUAAUAGAUCAUUAAGAAGCUGCAUAUUGUCAAUUGAGCAGCGGAUAUCAAUUAGGAGUUCCUAUUUCUGUCCCUUUCUUUAUCUUUACAGGUGCAAAAGAAGUAGAAUUGUGCAUA